GCUCUUCUAUUUCUUUUCCCAGCGUUUAAGUAAGGAGAAACAUUUUCUAUUUGCUAAGAAAAUGGAAUCGACGGUGACGGAGGCUUUUCAUUUCGUUUGCAGUUCACAGUUCUGGAGGAUGGCAAUAUUUUGGACUCUUUCUCUCAUCAUCUCCUACUUGCAAUCAUUUGCCCAAAGAUUUGUUGCCGCCCAAUCCAAAAGCUUUGUGUAUUCUUCUCCUCCGUCACUUCCACAAGCAACAAGAUCAGUUCCUUCUGCCACAAAUGCUUUGAGAACACCCAUCUGCAUCAUUACUGGGGCAACAUCAGGUUUAGGUGCUGCAGCAGCCAAUGCCCUGUCAAUGAAGGGCUUUUACAUUGUUUUAGCAGGAAGAUCAUCCGACUUAUUGGCAAAAGCUAUAUCCGAUAUCAAGAGACAGCAUAUUGGUGCUUUGGUCAAAGCUUUUGAGGUUGAUAUGUCAUCCUUCAAGUCAGUCCUUAAGUUCAAAAAUUCCCUUCAGCAGUGGUUGUUGGAGUCUAACCUGCACUCUUCUGUUCAACUCCUGAUCAAUAAUGCUGGAAUCUUAGCAACAUCAUGUAGACUCACUCCUGAAGACUAUGAUGAGAUGAUGGCGACUAAUUACAUUGGGGCAUUCUGCCUCACCAAAGUCUUAAUGCCGCUCCUUGAAAACAGCCCUGUUCCUUCGCGUGUUAUUAAUGUCACAUCCUUUACUCAUAGAAAUGUAUCUGGCAUGCCGGUAGACAACGACACUGUUACUGGGAAGUGUUUUUCAAGAUUAAAUUGCUACCCCUAUGCUCAGAUUUAUGAGUACUCAAAAUUUUGCUUGCUACUCUUCUCAUAUGAGCUUCAGCGACAGAUUGGCAUAAUGGAGAAAUCUCAUCAGGUCUCUGUCAUUGCCGUUGAUCCUGGAGCAGUCAAAACCAGUAUCAUGCGUGAAAUUCCUUCUUGCAUUGCUUCGAUGGCUUUUCUCGGACUGAAACUUUUAGGAGCUUUGCAGGCACCAGAAAAUGGAGUCUCUUCUAUUAUUGAUGCUGCACUUGCUCCUCCUGAAAUAACAGGGGUUUACUUUUUUGGAGGCAAUGGUGGAACCAUCAGAUCUUCUGCACUUUCAUACAGCACCAAACUUUCGAAAGAUCUCUGGGCUACUUCCUGUGAUAUUUUUCUAGAAUUGCAACUUGCUUCCACUGGCACUUCUGCGUAGCUAUUUCUCUUUUAGUGGACGCUGGCUUCUGGUAAGGUUCUGCUGAUCUCAAGUUGGUUAAUGGAGCCACAAUUGUUUCGACUUACUCAUGGAUGCUGAGAUACUGUUACUGUUCCAGCCCCAUCCCUCUCCAAGGACAUUUCUCUGUCAGUUUUUGGUCUGUUAAGAUCCUCAGUGAGUCAAGGUGUAUAGUACUCUUGUGAUAAAAUAGUGUGAAAGCAGCCAGUUUUGCCAUUGUAAUUGCUUGAUAUGCAGCGGAAAACGCACUACAGAUAUUUACAUUCGACUUGGCAAAAGAAAACUGUAGAGUAGCUCAUAAAGUCACCAGCUCUAUUACUUUUCAGAGGCAUUUAAGAUAAUGAAUAAUAUCAAUUUGAGGUAUCUGAGGUAUA